UUCUGCCGUUUCUUGUUGAAAAUGGCAACAAAUGAUGUUCUGAAGAGACUGGAGCAGAAGGGUGCAGAAGCAGAUCAAAUUAUUGAAUAUCUUAAGCAGCAAGUUUCUCUUCUUAAGGAGAAAGCAAUUUUACAAGCAACUUUGAGAGAAGAGAAGAAACUUCGAGUUGAAAAUGCCAAAUUGAAGAAAGAAAUUGAAGAUUUGAAACAGGAGCUAAUUCAGGCAGAAAUUCAGAAUGGAGUGAAACAAAUACAGUUUCCAUCUGGUGCUCCAUUACAAGCUAAUGGUACUGUUUCUGAAAAAAUGAUUCAGUCUGUGUCAGUGACAACUAUGUCACCUGUUCCUAAAGAACAGAAAAAGGUAGUGGGGAGAGGAGAAGAAAAGAAGAUGAAAGAGAAAUCUGAAAAGAAAGGGGAGAAAAAGGAGAAAAAACAGCAACCAGUACUGGGAAACACUGACUCUAAACCAAUCGAUGUUUCCCGUUUGGAUCUUCGAAUUGGUUGUAUCGUCACUGCCAAGAAGCAUCCUGAUGCAGAUUCUUUGUAUGUAGAAGAAGUAGAUGUUGGAGAAAACGCCCUAAGGACAGUUGUCAGUGGUCUGGUGAAUCAUGUUCCUCUUGAGCAGAUGCAAAAUCGGAUGGUGGUUUUACUUUGUAACCUAAAACCAGCAAAAAUGAGGGGAGUCCUAUCUCAAGCAAUGGUGAUGUGUGCUAGUUCACCAGAGAAGGUUGAAAUCUUGGCACCUCCCAAAGGCUCUGUCCCUGGAGACAGAAUUACUUUUGAUGCUUUUCCUGGAGAACCUGAAAAGGAGCUGAAUCCAAAGAAGAAGAUUUGGGAGCAGAUCCAGCCUGAUCUCUACACGAACGGAGAGUGUGUGGCUACUUACAAGGGGGCUCCCUUCGAAGUGAAAGGGAAGGGAGUGUGUAGAGCGCAGACAAUGGCCAACAGUGGCAUAAAAUAAAGGCUUCGGUUGCUCAAAUAAUAAAAAGAAAUGUCUUUGGCUCCUGUUAACCUGAA